GCAAUACCAAUGACUCAAUCUCACUAGCACUACAAGCAAUAAUAACUUAGAAGCUGAUCUGGAGGUUAUUCAAGGCCCCAUCAUUGCCACCAGUUGACAUAUUCAUAUGUGGUUUCGCUUCUAUUCCGUACACGUCCGAGGACAUACAUGGCGCUUUCAUACGGUGGUAAGUACUCAAGACCGAGCGUUGAAAAACACACAGUGUCAACAACAGCGGUGAAAACACGAUAGGUAGUCGACAGUCUAAAGCUAGCCGUGGUUCAUUCGCUGUAUUUGAUGAGUGAUCACCAAACAAUAUACUCGGGAGCAAGGGGCUGGUAGCGUCGGAUUUUAAUGACGCUCCAUUGGCUGAGAUUCCCAAGCACUAAGUAGCGCCUAUUGGCCCAUAAUCCUUCGGACACGUCUGAACGUCUGCCUGUCGCAACGACAACGCAUCAUUCUUUUUUCCAGACCGGAAGACUGCUGAUGGUUGUGCCGUAUAGGAGACUUUCACAUCAAUAUUAUGUCUGCCAAAAUUGUCUUCGGUGCCGGCGGGAUCGGCGGGACCGAGAAGGGCUUCACUUACACGUGGGACACAGCAGAGAAGGCUUCUUCGCUCCUCGACACUCUCGAGAGCCUGGGGCUUAAAGAGCUAGACUCGGCAGCCUCGUACCCUCCCGGCAACCCGUGGGACACCGAAAGGCUGUUGGGGGAGAGCAAAGCCAUUGAGAGAGGCUUCGUCGUCGACUCUAAGAUUCUCGGUGCCCGUGGACCGAUGCUGACCGAUGAACUCAUCACCGCGAGCGUGGACAAGACGCUCCGAUUGCUCAAUGCCGGCAAGGUGCGGACCAUGUAUGCCCACUUCUGCGACAAGCAUACGCCGACCGAGGAGACUGCGAAGGCUUUUGACCGACAAUACCGGGACGGAAAGUUCGAGCGCUUGGGGCUUUGUAACUACACGUUCAAAGAGCUAUCAGAUUACUUCACAGUCUGUGAUGAGAAAGGCUAUGUCAAGCCCGCCGUGUACCAGGGCGAGUACAACGCGCUGGUGCGGGAUGACGAAAUCGAACUGAUCCCGCUCCUACGCCAGCACAACUGUGCGUACUACGCUUACAGCCCCCUAGCCGGCGGCUUCCUCACGGGAAAGGUUACCUUCGCGACGAACGCUGAGUCCGAGCUCCACCGGACGCGGUUCCAUGGGGCCAGCACAUUCAAGCCAUAUGCCGAUAAGUAUGACACGCAGAAGAUGCAUGACGCCGUCAGAGCGCUCAAGAAGGUGUGUGACGAGGAAGGGGUGAGCCUCCAGGAGGCGAGUCUACGGUGGCUGAUCUUUCACUCGAAGCUGAGUGAGGGAGAUGCUGUGAUCUUGGGGGCAACGAAGAUGGGCCAGCUCGAGAGUAAUGUAAGGGAUGCUAGAAAGGGGCCUUUGGGAGACAAGGUGAAGCUAGCUGUUGAAGGAAUGUUAAGGAGCGAUGCCAAGUGGUAAAGCAAUGUUGGUAUUGAGCACUUGAGGGUACUCGAGACCUGCCUUUCAGGGGGGGGGGGGGGUUAUGGGCUACCUGUAUAUGGGUCAAGGCUUCUGGGAGACAUCGAUAUCGAAAUCGCGGUGACAGAGGCUGUCACAGUCAAAGUCCGUCCACCUAGGUGAACUUUGUCUAACAUGAUCAAUCACUGCUGCGUAUCCGUGUUGCCGUUAUAUCGAUCGAGUUCG